GGCUGGGUGGGGCGGGGAGGACGAGCUCCAUCAGGUUGGAUGGAAAAACCAGAGCGUUGCGAGUGGGCCUCAGAGGUGCAGAGGUGUGAGCGCUUAACGUGCCCAGAGAAGAGGGAGGAAGACGCGCUGCCAGCAUGAGGUUCGUGCACCAGCAUGACGACAAGUGAGGACAGCGAGAGGGGUCGGAGGUCAAAGGGUGCACCGAUCCAAGGGGAGAGUGCGGCGGGGCUCGAGUGAGCAGGCCAGCACACACUCCAGCCAUCUACUGAGCAGACAGUAGAUGGCUGUGUGGUUAAAAGGAACCAAUGCUCUGACUCAUGUGCUGCGGGAUCCGUCCAUAAAAUCUCAGAAGAAACAAAGCACAUCUCAAGGAGAGCAGAUCCUGACAUUUCAAAUAAUAAGACGCACAUGAGCCUCUGGGGUUCUAGCAGCCUUAGUUAAGGCUCUUUUCUCCUCGCAGAUUUUACGGCCCUCUGCUCGUCGUCCACAACUUGCGGUCUUGCCAUCACUGAGCCCCCUCCCCUCACCCACCAUGAUGGGGGGUGUGGUCCCUGCUGCUCAGCAGGGGGGCCCCAGCCUCAGCACCGCCACCGGGGAACCCGCGGAUGUGGAGUGUCCCGUCUGCUACCAGGAGUACAACCAGCACAACAAGUGCCCCCGGAUGCUGGAGUGCCUCCACGUGUUCUGCACCGAGUGCCUCGGAAGGAUCCAGCUGUGUUCCCUCGUGCAGCCCCCCGAGGCGGGCAGCACGCCGGCCCUCCCCUGCCCCCUCUGCCGCCACCUCACCCCUCUGGAGACCGGAAACGCCCUCUGCUUGCCCCGCAACUCGCGCAUCCUGGCCAGGCUGCCCCCCGCGGCCUCCAGGCUGCCCAGUGCCGGGCAGGCGGCCCGCCUGGCCACCGUCACCCAGAGGGUGGUGCUCUCUCUGGAGGGCGACGGCAGAGACUCCCGGUUCAUCAUCCUGCCCACGGUCAGCCUGCGGGUGCAGCAGAUGCACCCGGGCAGGCCGUGCGGCGCGGCGCCGGGCCUGGCGGGCGAGGACGAGGUCAUCCGGCAGAGCAGGAAGACGCUGUUCUGCGUGCAGCUGCUGGCCGUCACCUUCUGGGUGCUGUUUGUGAUCGCCUGCGUGGGCGUGGUGAUGUUUGGUCCGCACAUUUUCAACACGAAGCAUUAGAAGGAAAUGGGGGUCGUCUUUUAAGGGUUGUGAUGUAGUCGCGCGACAAAUAGUAGGUUGGCACGUGACAUUUUAGAGAAUCAAAGCCACAUGGCUACUCUCCCUGUUGUAAUGGGACCAGCUGAAAUCCUACUUUUAACGCCACCAAUCCUCUGUGAUCCUCAAUCCCUGCACUGCAUAUUUGAGAGUUCCCUCUAGUGGUUUAUUUAGUAACUGUAAAUAAAAGAUUAAACACUGA